CUUGGCUGUGUCGGGUGGUCACGGGUUUUAACGACACAUUUAUAUAAUUACGCGAACUAACCAAAAAAAACCUCAAUUAUGGAUGAUAUUGGUCGCCAAAGCGUACGUGUUAAACUCUUAUAGCCAGUUUGUGCUUUACAGGGGAAAUAUUAAUGGAGUUAUGGACAAGAAUCAUACGUUGUUACAAUGUCAAAUUGGUUGACAACCAGAUAACUUUGGACGUGUUGUGACAGAAAGCUGUCGGGUUGUUUGUGGAGAGCCAUUAACACGAGUUCUGCCAGUUUAUUGGCUACAUAAUUAUGUGAAGAGUGCGUGGUGAUUCUUUUUCUGGAACGAAACUCGUUUCAUCGGCACAUGACGAUGCAGUGGCGAACCCGGUGUUUCACUCCUGUGAGAGCAGACGACUCCAACCGCAGCAGCCAUGGCUCAAGUGCACGGGCUGGCGUACCUGCAGCAGAGGAAGCUAGCAACCUUGCUGGGAUUCCCACACUCAACUCUGCGCAGGCUCUACCAGGGCAGCGUGGAUGGGUUCACUGCCAGCGCUUUCCACACCAAGUGCAACGGCCAAGGCCCCACGGUCACGGUCGCCUACAACUCCAAAGGCUUUAUAUUCGGCGGCUACUGCUCCCAGUCUUUAACAUCGCGGGGAAGUUACAUUGAUGACAAACUCGCUUGCUUGUUUCGCUUGGAGGAACCAAACAACUCGGCCACAUUCGUUGCUAAAAUCAAAUCAUCCAGCAGUGCAUUCUAUGACGCCUCAUCAUACGGGCCCACUUUCGGUGGUGGCCAUGACAUGCAUUUUCUGCCCACUGAUGGCUCAAAUAAACUUACUUUUACCGCCAAUAUAGGCACUUCUUAUGACGCAACCAAUGAGAACAUAUUAGGCAAUGAUAAUACCCUACAAGAGCUGGAGGUAUACAUCUUAGAAGAAAUGAAGCUCUUGCCGGACCCAUGGCGCAGUGUUGAAUGGACAAUCGAGACGCGAGAGCAUUUGUUGAAAGACAUUCGUGGGUACGUGCCAGUCGACUGCGAGACUCACCCACGCAUACUGCUGCUGGGCCACGUGGGCUCGGGCAAGUCAAGCUUUGUAAACUCCAUCGAUGCGGUCUUCUCUGGACAUGUGUCGAGUCGUGCCAUCGCGGGGACCCGGGAAAAGGAGUCCAGCUUCACCACCGUGUUUCGCAGUUACAAAUUGAGAAAGAACAAUGGACGCAAGUUCUUCCCUAUUCAUCUCUGCGACACCAUGGGCAUAGACAAGGAUCUUGGGGAUGGAAUAAACCCAGAGGACAUCGUGAGCGUGCUCCAAGGAAACGUGCCCGAUUACUAUCAGUUUAAUCCACUGGCACCCAUUAAACCCAGCCACCCCGUCUACGUGAAGGACCCGGCACUGUCGGCACGGACGCACUGCCUGGUGCUAGUGGUCGACGCUUGUAAGAUGUCCCCGAUGCCUGAAGGGCUGCUUGGCAAACUGCAGGACGCGCGCAACAAAGCCUAUAACCUGGGCAUUCCUCACCUCGUGCUUCUGACAAAAGUGGAUGAAGCCUGCCCUCUGGUGGAGAGUGACAUAAACAACAUUUACCUGAGUUGGUUCAUAAAGGAACAGGUGUACGAGAUCGCCACGCGUCUGGGCAUGCCCGUGUCGUCCGUGUUGCCCGUGAAGAACUACGCUGUGCAGGUUCAGCCAGACGCCUCCUCCGACCUCCUGCUGAUCAUGGCUCUACACCAGAUGCUGCGUUUUGCAGAUGAUUACCUGCUGGACCAGGUCUUGUCUGACUCCAAUGAAACGGAGUGAUGCUCGCAGCACAAAUUCAAUCUGUGUGCGUUGUGCCGGUACAGCAGGGCCAUAGACUUGCCCUGCUUUAUGCAUGGGCAAUAAACCUUUAAAAAUAUAUUAUCAGAUGCGCACUUUUGACACAUGUGUGGUGUUUCGGGCCCAGUGAAUACUUCAAAUUAGCAAUAGUAGCAUUUAUAGAUUUAGACAUUUUUAUUUAGAAUGUCAAUGGAGGAUUACUUGAUUACUGGGACUCAGGUUGUGUGUGCGUUUGAUAUUCUUCGUGUUCGUGACCACAAUUCCAAGUUCUCACAAUCCAUAUCAGGUAUGUUUUCUGCUGAUAUUGCUCUUACAAUCGCAAAAACAAUGUCAAGGUAAUUUUGCGGUGAAAACAAAUCGCUGUAGAAUGAUUUUGUGUUUUAUAAUCUGUAAAAGUUUCUUAUAUUUCCCAAAUAAAUGUGAUAUUGAUUAAAACGAAUUUACGGUGAAAUGUGAUACUUACUGUGCGUGGGGUGCCAAUAAGGUUUAGGUUGUGGAGUAGCAGUUAGCGCUACGCUACCAACCAGUCACGAUUAUUUUAACCGGUCCCGGGCCUCUCCUAUGUCGACUAAA